UGCAAGCGAAGGAAGAGCUGUACUACAGAAGCUUUCUCAAUUAUGCAGCCUUCUUCAUUCUGCUGGUGUUUGCAGAUGCAUAAGCUAUUAUAACUGAGCCGAAACAUGUCCAGGGAGGAAAAGAAAAGCAUUGCUAUCAGCAAAGAGGAGGGCACUGGAGCUCAAAUACUACAUGGUUUCAUCCAUGCCAGAUAAAGUUGGGAGGCAAUCUCUUCUAAAGGAUUGUGAUUAAAAAACACGGCAGACUUGUUUGGGUCUACAAAGAGAGUGCAAAAUUUCAGUAUGGAAUGCUAACUCUCUUUUUGUAUUGUGAUUUUUGUGAAAUCUGGAGGAGAUAAUUUUUUAACAUACUGAAGUUUGUCUUUAAAUACAAGAAGAUGGCUACAUAUUGGAAUUGUUUCAUACUGGGCUUGAUGGCUGCAUUAAAAGAAUUCAUUGUAAAAGCUGAGGUAUAUUCAGGUGACACAAUUACUGCAGAGGAACAGAUCUAUAUUCUUCUACGAGCUAAAAUACAAUGUGAACUCAAUAUCACCAUCCUGCUGCAGGAAGAAGGAUUAGAAGGAGGCUGUUUUCCAGAAUGGGAUGGAUUGGUUUGUUGGCCAAGAGGAAUACCUGGGAAAAUACUUGCUGUUCCUUGCCCUUCGUAUGUGUAUGACUUUAAUCACAGAGGAAUGGUAUAUAGAAGGUGCAAUAUAAAUGGAACAUGGGACUUUGUACAAAACUCUAAUAGAUCAUUUUCUAACUAUUCUGAAUGUAUCCGCUUUCUGGAGCCUGAGAUGAGUCAUGGCAAAAGGGAGUUUUUUGAACGGCUUUAUGUUAUGUACACAGUGGGAUAUUCUAUUUCUUUCUGUUCUUUAGCUAUUGCUAUUUUCAUCAUUGGUUAUUUCAGGAGAUUGCACUGUACCAGGAAUUACAUGCAUAUGCAUUUAUUUGUCUCAUUUAUGCUGAGAGCUGCCAGCAUUUUUAUUAAGGACAAAGUGGUUCACACUCAUAUAGGAGUAAAGGAAUUAGAUGCUAUGCUCAUGGGGGACAUUAAGAGCAUCAUGAUGACUCCAAUGCUGGAUAAAUCACAAUAUGUUGGAUGUAAGAUUGCUGUUGUAAUGUUUAUUUAUUUCUUGGCUACAAAUUACUAUUGGAUACUGGUUGAAGGACUCUACCUGCACAGCCUGAUAUUUGUAGCAUUCUUUUCAGAUACUAAAUACUUAUGGGGUUUCACGCUAAUAGGCUGGGGUUUCCCAGCUGUAUUUGUAACAGUGUGGGCAGUGGUCCGUGCCACAUUAGCAGAUGCAAGACGUCCAGGACCGGUUUCCGGGACGGUGAGGUUCCAGCAGCCCUUUCUAGACCACGCGUCCCCCAGAGAUCUGGGAUCAAAGCUGAUUACGGUGUUGUGCCUGGGACACAACACGCUCAGAUGCUGGGAGCUAAGUGCUGGAGAGAUCAAGUGGAUUUACCAAGUGCCCAUAUUAACAGCUAUUGGGAUAAAUUUCAUUCUGUUCUUAAAUACAGUGAGAGUUCUUGCCACAAAAAUCUGGGAAUCAAAUGCAGUUGGUUAUGAUGCCAGGAAACAAUACAGGAAGCUGGCAAAAUCCACAUUAGUUCUUAUACUGGUCUUUGGCGUCCAUUAUAUUGUUUUUGUGUGUUUACCGCACACAUUUACCGGCUUGGCCUGGGAAAUUCGAAUGCACUUUGAACUGUUCUUCAACUCAUUUCAGGGUUUUUUUGUAUCAAUAAUCUAUUGUUACUGCAAUGGAGAGGUACAAACAGAAAUAAAAAAAACUUGGACUAGAUGGAAUCUUGCAUUUGACUGGAAAAGCACAACACACUGUGGUAACUUCAGGUAUGGUUCAGUUCUGACAAAUAUGACCCACAGCACUAGCAGUCACUCACAAAUGGUAGCAAGCUCUCGUAUGGUAUUGAUCUCCAGCAAAGUCAGUAGAAGUGUUGGCAAACCAAUCGAAGGACAUAUGAAUUUGCCUGGUUAUGUUAGAAGUAAUUCAGAUCAAGAAUGUUUACCUCAGUGGAUCCAAGAAGAGGCCAAUGAGGAUGAUGAGAAACAGGUCGAUGAUAUAUCUUUAAAGGAGACAUUACGGCCACUACAAAUGAACACAAAGGCAGAGAUCAACAGAAAUCAUCUGGAAGAAACGCUAUAAUUAAAGGUUUCAAAAUGACUCAAGGGAUAUUUUACUUAAGACUUGUACUUUGCCUCCUUUUUUAUGUUGUUAUUAUUUUUGCAGAUAGUGUCUAACGUUUGUAAAUUGUUAGACGUGUCCUGCAUAGACUGGGAUUAGGCACAAUUACAAUUGCUUAAACUGGAAAAUAAAAAGAGAGUAAAAUAAAGACAAACCUGCUUUAAAUAUGACAAUCUUUUCUCUGACUACAAUUAUACAUCUGGGUUAGCAAUGCUGUAUUUUCAUUGCUUAAAAUAAAAUGCUGAAUUAAAUGUUAAAUCAUUCCAAUUACAAACAUAUUUUAUAUAAUAGAAAUAGAGAAAUGUCUGCAGAUAUAUGAGCACAACAAAUAACUGAAUACUUAUAUUCUGCUUAGAUAGAACUGUUUUAAUAGAGACAAGACAGAUAAUAAUCAUUCAUUUCCCAUCUAUGCUGGGCAGAAGAUCAAUGUGGCAACCUGUUGCAGAGAACAUUCAGGAAGACAACAUCAUCUCUCUACUGUGCCUGUUAUUGCCAUGUAGACUGAGAAAACACACUGGUAUCAUUUUGACAGUGUUACCACAGAAUUAUAUUCCCCUUCUUUUACUCCUAGGU